UGAGACUUUACCGCAGUUGCGAAAAGUGGCUGCGUCCUGGGCCGCGCGCGAGAAGCACCAUGGCGGAAGGCAAUGCCCAAGUGAGCUCGACGAGCUUGUUCGUGGGGAUCACGAUCUGUUUGGUUGGGUCGACCGUGUCAAAUUUUGGCCUCAACAUCCAAAAGUACUCGUUCAUGUUGCAGCAGCAUCUCCCCGAUCACGAGCGGAAACCGUACAACACCCAGUGGCGAUGGUGGCUCGGGUUCUUCGGCGUCGGGCUGGGAUCCGUGGCCGACUUUGCCGCGCUGUCGUUUGCCGCCCAGAGCAUCAUCAUGCCGAUCGGUGCGUUCACGCUGGUAUGCAACAUCUUCUUUGCCCACUACUGGCUCAAGGAAAAACUCACACGCAACGACUUGAUCGGCACGAUCCUGAUCUGCAUUGGCGCAGUUGUUGUGACGAUCUAUGGGUCGCACGAGAACAUCGAGUACACCCUCGAGACGCUCAUCAACCUGUACUACCGCUGGGACAUGCUCGUCUACCUCUUGGUGAUCCUUGCAGUCGUGUGGACGUUAAUCGGGAUGCUGAAGAAGGCCGAGUUUGUCCUCAAGAAGAAAGGACCGACCUCGAACGAGUACAAAGCCGUGCUCAAGAUGCAUCCAUUGACUUACGCUGGGUUGGCGGGGGUGUUUGGUGCGCAGUCCGUCAUGUUUGCCAAGAGUACGGGCGAGUUGCUCAAGCAGUCACUGAAAGGCAGCAACCAAUUCGACAAGUUCCUCACUUAUGUCAUCAUCGCGGCUCUCGUCCUCACGAUCUCACUGGAAACGCACUGCCUCUCGCUCGGGCUCAAGUACUUUGACGCGUUGUACAUCGUGCCGGUCUUCCAGUGCUUUUUCAUCACGUUCUCCGUCAUCGGCGGCGCCGUCUACUUUGAAGAGUUCAAGCACUUUACAACGACUCAGUGGAUUGUGUUUCCGUUGGGGGUGCUCAUCACGAUUGCUGGCGUCGUCGUGCUCUCGUCCCGCGAAAUGGAGCAUGAUGCGGGAGCGCCGGCAGGGCCAUCGCCGACGACGACCCCCGGCGACGUCGUCGGUGAGACAAUUCAGCUCCAAGCGAGUCGAGUGGAAUUGCAACGACACAACUCGGGCUCGAUUACGAACAGCUUUCGCGUGCUGGAGCCGGAGUUUUGCCCCGUCGUGAACCAAGCGCAGCUCUUAUCGCGGUCGUCGUCUGUCGGUGGCGCGUUCUACUCGACGCAAAGCGUCGUGAUAUCGUCGCGAAACAGCACAGAUUUCCUUGCCAUGCAAGACAGCGGGACGGAAGCGACGACCGAGAUCAGGUCGCCGUCGGCUCCGUUGCCAGUCGUCGUGGUCAGCGCUGAGCCUGGGAUUGUCACGAACGACGUCUCCGUCGAUGUCCCUCUAGAGAUCAUAGCCACCGACAUUCCCCCGACCGCGGCGUCCCCGCUUCCGUCCGACUCGCUCGCAACGACACCGUAGUGUUCUCCCUAUAGUACAUACAGAAAAUUUGAAUUGCCUCGUCUUGCCA